CGGGCCUGCCGACAGGCCCUUUUCUGCCAGGGAGAGAGGCAGGUGCUGGAAGAGUUUGGGGCGCCGGGAGGGUUUUGGGGGGCUGCUCGGGACGCUUCCUGGUGACGUCAGGAGGGAGUAUAAAUAGGAAGCGCUGCCAAGCGUGGUUCAUUCAUAAAAUUUGGGCCCGCGAAGGAAGACCGGCAGUCAGCGAGUGAACCAGCGGAGACAGACAGCGCCAACGGCAGACCGACCCGGCGCAGCGGGGGGCCUCCGCGCGGCCCACCAGCCUCGUCGCUUUGCCUUUUAUGCCCACCGAGAGGAAACCGGCGGGAGUCGCUGCGGAUUGCUGGAUGUUUUGGGGGGACGCGUCUCUUUGAGGACUCUGUUUUUGGGGCGCGGUAGGGGGUCUGGCUUGACCGGUGGAACUUCGGCCUGCCGCUUUCCUCGCCUUUGCACCAUGCGGCUCCUGCUGCUUUGAAAGGAGGGCGCCGAGGAGACCGCGAGAGAGAGGACGGAACUGUAGCGGCACUCGGGGCGCCGUCUCCCCCCAGGCACAGGCAGCCGGAGGGGGAGGAAGAGCUCGAGAAGGCGCCCGGAGCGGCGCUCGCGGUGACCACGGAUCUGAUCGCCCCUCACCUUGGCUUCCAGGCGCUCCCGGCGAGGCCGCGGCCUUUCCCCUGCGCCCCCGAGGGAGAUGUAUCAGGGCUUCCCUGGAGACUACGAUUCCACCUCCCGGUGCAGCUCGUCCCCUUCGGCCGAGUCCCAGUACCUCUCCUCGGUGGAUUCUUUCGGGAGCCCCACGGCCGCCGCCGCCGCCUCCUCCUCGCAGGAGUGCAGUGGCCUCGGGGAGAUGCCCGGAUCUUUUGUGCCAACAGUGACUGCAAUAUCAACUAGCCAAGAUCUGCAGUGGUUGGUGCAACCCACCUUGAUCUCAUCUAUGGCCCAGUCUCAGCAGCCUCAAGGCCAGCAAAUGCCGCAGCAGCAGCAGCAGCAGCCACCCCCACCCACAGUGGACCCGUAUGACCUGCCUGGCACCAGCUACUCCACCCCAGGACUGAGUGCUGUCUACGCUCCUGGUCCCUCAGCAGCCCCACCACGCUCUGCCAGGGCCCGGCCCCGAAGGACGCGGGAGGAAACGCUGACACCUGAGGAAGAAGAGAAACGCCGUGUCCGGAGGGAGAGGAACAAGCUAGCAGCAGCCAAAUGCAGGAAUCGCCGCCGAGAACUGACAGACCGACUUCAAGCGGAGACAGACCAAUUGGAGGAAGAGAAGGCCGAGCUGGAGUCGGAGAUAGCUGAACUGCAGAAGGAAAGAGAGCGCCUGGAGUUUGUCCUCGUUGCUCACAAGCCCAGCUGCAAAAUUCCUUAUGAGGACAUGCCAGAACUGAGUGGGCAACCUAGCACCUCGACCGAGGUGAGCUCUUUAGCGAUGGCAGUGAAAGAGGACCCUUUUGGGCCGACGACCUAUUCAUCGCUGCCCCUCCACUACCAGCAGAGCCUUGGCGGAGUCCAAGCAUUGGCCCCUGCGGAGGUAGCAUUUUCUAGUUCUUACUUUUCACAUGGUGAACAGCUGACCGACCCGUACCCGGCUAACCCCUCAUAUACAUCUUCGUUUGUCUUCACCUACCCAGAGGGAGCCACCUGUGGAGCCACCCACCAGCGGAACAGCAGCAGUGACCAGUCCUCGGACUCCCUGAACUCUCCCUCGCUCCUUGCUUUGUGAAAUUCAAAACCCAAACUCAAAACCUAACCCUAUAAGCCCACAUGCGCAAACUUCAGUGUAAGUGAAGGGGCCGCAUGAGAUAAAUGGCAAUGCGCAUCCCCCAGCCCAACCGCCUGGGAGCAUCGAACCUAUAAACCGCCAAAAAAGAGAGACCAAGCCGCCUGCCAGCACCGCUAUGCCAGUGCCGCUGCCUCUAGCCAUGCAACGUGUUGUUGUUGAUGUUAAACUUUCAGGGGUGCAGCACACAGUGGGAAGUCUUUUGUCAGCGGCUGUCCGUCCUUAACAUUUCCACAUUUUGGGCUUUGCCAUUUUCAAACUGGGAAGAGCAAGGAGGACACUUGGAUCUGUCACCUUGGAAGAAUUCUGAGCCUAGCUUGCUUUCUGGAAACGAGCCCCCUGCCUUUGUUGCACGCAAACUUCUGGUUGAGUAUGGACUGCGAUGGUUCCCUAAUUCUUAUUGCUUAUUUGUUGUAAGAAGCCGAGCAAAAGGGAUGGCCUGUCAGUGUGGAAAAUGAGGAUGAAUGGGGGGCUCUUCUCACCUGUUCUACCAUAUUCUGCAUUGCCUUGUUCAGUAUGAAUUUUCUGCUAACUGCACAGUUCAAGAUGGGUGUUUUAAUGAUGCUUUCCAAGUUAUCAGUCAGCCUGCCUAGAAUAAUCUGAAUUUUGAAUGAAUUUUGCACGCUGUCUCCAGACUGCACUAUGAAAUGGGCCACAGAAAUUGACUGGCUGGUCAUGGCAUAAGUUUUUCUAGAUUAUUUUGGUAGGUACCUACCAAAUAGUUGUGCCCAUACUAAAGGGAAAUCUAGAAUAUUGGCACAAAAGGUGCUUAAAAGGCCAUUGGUUCCAGUAUGAUUUAAGCUGGCAGCCCAAUCCUUUAUGCAUGUUUACUGAGAAGAAAAUGUCACAGAGUUCCAUGGGACUGCACCACAGGACUGCAUCCUUAAUCCACAGUGCAGGAAGAGAUGGAAAAAUCUACUCCAACUGGCUUGCUAGCAAAAAUUAUUCUGGUUCACGAGAUUCCCAAUUUAGGGUUUGUAGGCAGUACAAAUAUAAUUGGAAUGGGGAUAUAAUUGAAAGGCAGUGUAAAAAUACCCAUCAUAAACAAAACAGCAAGAAAAAGGUAUAAGAUAUUGAAUUUGGCAAGCUACUACUUAUCAGGAGUAGCUUAUAGGUAGUCAGAACCAAAUAACAAAAACACAAAAUUGAAAACUAAUUUGAAAACUUCAGCUAUAAAUCUGAAACUUCACCAGAUUUUUUUUGUAUGUGCAAAAAGUUUGACAGUCGUCUGUCUGUCAUAAUAAAAUCCUGAAGCCUUUUAGAAGGUGAGAAUCUCCAUGCCUUUCUUAAAAGAAAAAAAGUAGCCUUUUUUGCUAUGUAAUUACACAGUGGGCUGGGACGCCACUUCUACAUGGUGCACUGGAGCGUUGAUAUGUUGAACUUGGUAUAUAGACAGAUAUGAGAGAGAGAGAUAGUAUAUUUCUCCCCUCAGCCGUUGCAUUUUAUUUCACUGGCCAGCCAACUUGAUACUGGCUUACCAAUGGCCCUUUCAGCUUUGCCACGUUCCCCAGAAUGAAUUCUCUUCCCACUGGGGCAUCUCCCUUGCUUGGUUUCAUCGGUGAGGGGGCUGGGCUUGGUGAUAUACUGUGAAUGGACCUCUCUUCUUUCCCCCCUCCGUACAGAUGCUUUUUUUUUCUUGAUGUUGUGGCACUGUGUACUUUUCUGCCCUUUGCCAGACCAGCUUUAGAUGGGCUGUACCUUUUCUGUAUUGGUGAUUUGGAAGCCAGCUCUUCUCCCUGUUUGUUUUCCCCUCUGCCUUUUCCUUUGGCCUUAAUGCAACCCUUGUGGUUAUUCUGCUGACGUAGCAAUCCAGGUGCUACCCAAACCUAGGGAGCAUUACCCCUCCCCUGUGUCUUGAGGCUGGUGAUGCUGAUGGCAAGACCUCUCUGGUCCUGAGCUGCCUUCCUCCCUUCUCUGUCCUGCUCUAUCCUGCCCUGCCCUGCCCUGCCCCCCAAUUCCUAGGCCCCUCCUAGCUCCUGAGGUGCUCUUUAUCUCUCCCCCCUUCCUUGCAGCUUUUCCCUAUCCUGCUGCACCCUGGUGGAUGCCACUUUUGGGAUGCCCCUUCUCCAAAAUCCUUUGGAAAGUGUCAAGGGCUGAGACUGUCGCAGCAUUGCCCCCAGUUGCAGCUGUGUUGCUUCUAAGUGGCUCUACACACAGACACCCCCUUCCACGCUCCCAGGAGGGUCUUCCCACUGUGCUUUGGUUCCCAACUGCAGCAGCUAUUGUGAAUCUAUUGUGGGUGUUCUUGCGCAACAAGAGCGCUGCUUGCUUCUGCCAUCGCACUGCCUCUAAUUAUUAUUAACCCACCCACCCCCAAGUGUGUUUAUGGACCCGGAAACCUGCCUUGUUGCUUCUUUGGAGCGCUAGAGCACGCCAUGAUGCUAAACGGAAUGUUUCCAAAACUCUUCUUGUGACCAAGCUUUUGAUGUUGUGGGUUUUUUUAAAAUAUAUUUUUAAUCUAUGGACUUUUAUUUUAACCAGCUUUUUUAAAUUGCUUAUUAUACACUUGCUGGGGAAUGGGGGAAUAUUUUUAAUUUUUUUAAUAUAAUAAUAAUUAUUAUUAUUUUACCCCCUUGUGCUGUAAUUUUUUGUGAUGUGUUUUAUUCAGCAACGGGGGGCCGUCAGAGGGAAGGAGGGGACUCUGGACCCUGCUGUGGCCCCCCUUUCCUGCACUUAACUGGUUAGUGAAAUAGCAAAUAAAGACAGCUUUGAAAAAUGCACUUUUUUAUG